AUGGUCCUUUCAUCGCCAAUCAAUAUCCAGAAAUGGAUACAAGAGAAUGGAGAUUUGUUGAAACCGCCGGUGAACAAUUUCUGCUUACAUCGAGGCGGAUUUACCGUGAUGAUUGUCGGUGGGCCCAACGAGCGCAGUGACUACCAUAUAAACCAGACGCCGGAGUAUUUCUACCAACAUAAGGGGACCAUGUGUUUGAAAGUCGUUGACGAAGGGGUGUUUAAGGAUAUUUUGAUUCAUGAAGGAGACUCCUUUUUGCUCCCUCCAAACACACCGCAUAAUCCAUGUCGCUUUGCCGACACAAUUGGUGUUGUUGUUGAACAAGACCGUCCCGAGGGUGUCAAUGAUAGGAUCAGAUGGUACUGUGCUCAAUGUCAGGAAAUCAUAUGCGAAAAGGAAUUUUAUUUGACUGAUUUGGGCACUCAGAUUAAAGAGGCUAUUGUUGCGUUUGACUCAAGCAAACAAGAUAGAACUUGUCAAAGCUGUGGACAUUUCAAUUCCUCCAAGAGAUAA